AUGGUUGCAAAACCUGAGUUUGACCGCGAGGACCGUGAAGAUGCUCCGUUCCUCCCCGAAUCCGACUCGCAAUCCCCUUCCGCCCCUGGCCCUCGCGAAGCGAAACCACCUCACACGAGCAGCGAUGCGCUGGCUCAGAAAAUUGGUUUCCGGCUGAAGGUCACCCUUUUCGCUAUGAUCCUCGCUGUGGAUAUUGGCUUCUCCUUUAUCGAAGGCCCCCAGGUCCGCAUCUUCGAGUCGAUUGCGUGUCGUCAAUACUUCUCGGUGGCCGAUCCGACUCAGAUUGGGGCCAAUGGCCAGGUUCCUGAAGAAAUGUGCAAGGGAGCGGAGGUCCAAGCCGAGUUAGCGGCGGUGAAGGGGUAUAACAUGUUUUUUGAUGGCUUGUUAUGUGCCCUCUUGGCCAUUCCAUACGGUCUGCUGGCAGAUCGACAGGGUCGCAAAUCUACUCUUCUUCUGGGAAUGCCUGGCUUUGCCCUGAAUUCUAUAAUAGUCCUGACGGUCAUGUGGUUUUCCGAUAUUUUUCCCCUACGCGCCGUUUGGUUCUCCUCGCUGGCCUGGUUGCUCGGUGGGGGACCGGUCGUUGCUUUUGCUAUUAUUUGGACUAUGAUGGCUGACGUGACGACGGAAGAUGAAAGAGCAACGCUAUUCUUUCAAUUCGGUAUCGUCUCAAUGGGGGCCGAUUUCCUUUCCAGCGCUUUUACUUCUUACCUGAUGUCAAUGAAUCCAUGGGUUCCCCUGUUCAUCGGACAUGCCAUCAUCUUCCUGGGGCUUUUAUUGAUGUUCAUAAUUCCCGAGACUAAACACGCCCGACCACCGAGUCGACCUGAGCCAUUUCAUGUCGAGCUUUCUGAUUUGACCGAGGAUGACCCUCAUAAACGCUCUCCGAAGCCCGAAUCUGGAUCAUAUCGUGAUCAAAAUGGUGGGGGAAGAGAUUCCAACGAGACACACGCGUCUUGGAGUUAUCCAUCGCAACAAAGCCCAUCUCUGUGGGCUAGGAUUUGCGCCAACUAUCGGUUCUACGUGAAACCCUACCUAUUUAUCCUGAAGCGAAAGCCCGUGCUACUUCUUCUUACCGCUUUUCUGGUAUAUCGCCUCAGUCGGGGUUCUUCAUGGUUCCUCACACAGUAUAUCUCGACACGAUACGAAUGGACCCUGGCACAGGCCAAUUUGCUCGUCUCAUUCCGACCCACCGUAUCGAUUCCGGUCUUCUUGUUCGUUCUGCCCUGGCUUAAGAAAUACUACCUGAAUCAACGACGCUCGUCCACAGAGAAGGAUCUCUACCUUGCCCGAGGAAGCAUCAUCUGCCUCACCCUCGGAACCCUGGGGAUCGGUUUAUCGCCCACGAUCGGGACCCUGAUCCCUAGCAUGAUCAUCCAAACAUCGGGAUCCGGUUUCGUCUUCCUCACGCGCUCGAUUAUCACUACCCUGGUCGAGCGGGACGAGACCGCCCGCUUAUAUACAGUCAUUGAGAUCUUGCAGUCAAUGGGUAACGUUGUGGCCAGUUUGUCGAUCACCACGGUCUUCCAACUUGGUCUUCGCCUAGGAGGUGUAUGGGUUGGACUGGCUUGGAUGAUGACUAGUACGCUGUUUUGCAUGGUGGCUGCCGCGAUCUGGGCUUUCCGAUUGCCAAAAGCCCCAAGCGAUCAGGAAUUUGUGGUAGGAGAUUUCGAAGAUACUGAAUUUUGA